AUGGCACCAUCAGCCAUUUCAAAUAGCCCACCUCCUUCCACCGCCGGUGAUACCUCAUCGGUGACCAGCUACCGCGGCUACGACCAUGUCCACUGGUAUGUUGGCAACGCCAAGCAAGCUGCAAGCUACUACAUCACCCGGAUGGGCUUCAAGCGCAUAGCCUACAAAGGUCUGGAGACCAACAGUCGCAACAUUUGCUCACAUGUUGUCCGGAACGGCGAUAUCACUUUCAUUUUGACCUCUCCUCUGCGCUCACUUGACCAAAUCGACCGUUUCAACCCCGAGGAGCAAGCCGAGCUGCGCGAGAUCCACGAACACUAUGAGAAGCAUGGUGAUGCCGUCAAGGACGUUGCCUUUGAGGUCGAUGAUGUUGAUGCCGUCUUUUCUGCUGCCGUAAAGAAUGGUGCAAAGGCUGUCGCCCAGCCCAGGAUCCUCGAAGAUAAGGAUGGUCAGAUUAAAACUGCGACUAUUCAGACUUAUGGACAAACAACACACACUCUCAUCGAGCGCAGUCAAUAUCACGGUGCUUUUAUGCCGGGAUAUCGUACUGAGGCUGGCAAUGAGGAUCCCAUCUCGAAGUUCCUACCCGAUGUCCGUCUUGAGAGGAUUGAUCACUGUGUCGGUAAUCAAGACUGGGACGAGAUGGACAAGAUCUGCGAAUACUACGAGAAGGCCCUCGGGUUCCACCGUUUCUGGAGUGUCGAUGACAGCCAAAUUUGCACUGAAUUCUCUGCUCUGAAGAGUAUCGUGAUGGCCUCACCCAACGAGCUUGUGAAGAUGCCAAUCAAUGAACCAGCAAAGGGAAAGAAGCAAUCUCAGAUCGAAGAAUAUGUUGAUUUCUACAACGGCGCCGGUGUGCAACACAUCGCACUUCACACCGACGACAUUAUCCGUGAUAUCACCAACCUCAAGGCACGAGGUGUUGAGUUCAUCAAAGUUCCCGAGACAUACUACACGGAUAUCAAGCUCCGACUCAAGCAAUCUGGUUUGAAGCUGAAGGAAGACUUUGAAACUAUUCGCAGCUUGGAUAUUUUGAUCGAUUUCGACGAGGGUGGUUACCUUUUACAGCUUUUCACUAAGCAUGUACUGGACCGACCCACCGUGUUCAUUGAAAUCAUUCAGCGACACAACUUUGAUGGAUUUGGAGCCGGCAAUUUCAAGUCGCUGUUUGAAGCCAUUGAACGGGAACAGGAGCUUCGCGGUAACUUGAUUUAA